AUGCAGCAAGAUCGGGGGGGGGCGAAGAGACAAGGGACGAGAGUGGCCGGCGGCGAAGGAGGUCGGCGCUUGAAUGCGAACGGUAAUUUGCCGAGUCAAUGGAGAUAUAUGUGGCUAGCAAGAAUGCGGGUUAGGGGAAAAAAGCAAUUCCAGACCACACAUGUACAACGGAGUACGGGGAUCAUAAAGCAGAGCGCGAAGAUGGUCGAAGGGAAGGGAGGGGAGAGAAGGAAGAAGAGGAUUUCGAGGAAGAGGCCAAACGGUCCGGCCAAGAAUGAGGAGAUAGAAUGUGGCCCCCCCUACGAUUCGUCGCGAGCCCUCAACGGCGACCUUGCAAGCGCCGACAAGGAUAUGGGAAUGGGAACAGCGAUAUGCAUGCACGGAGAAAUGCACCUUGGGCCGGUUCAUGUAUGGAUAUGCAUGCAUGCAUGGAUGAACAGACGGAUAAAAGUGAAGGAAAAGGAACAGCUGCAGUCUUUUGCAGUGCCCUGGGUCUUCAAGAGGGCAUGCAAGGGAGAGGAAGGGAUUUAG